UCACGAGUCGCUCCGCCUCACUCACCACUCUUCUCUCGAUGCCCUCUGCUCGCGAAGUGAUCGAACUGACGCGGGCCGAGCAUCGUCCUGAGCGGAGGAACGAACAAAAGGGCUAGAAUAACAAAACCCUAGCUAGCUGAACACGAGGUCUCGAACUUUUCCUCGUGCCUUCUGUUCUCGCGAAUCUUUCUCCAUUUCUUGGCUUCGUUCGGGUUUCCAGGGUUUUGUUCCUGGGGUUUUGAUGACCUGAGUCGUUGGAGGGAUCGAGGAAGUUUGGAUCUGCAGUUCGGAGCAAUGACGAGCAAGGAGAAGGAGCUGGAGGAUCGGCUCCGGGAAGUCGGGAGCAGGCUUGCGUAUCCUCCCUCUGCUGUCGAUGAGCUCCUGCCUCUUCUUGAUCAAACUGAGAGUUUGCUAUCAAGAGUUGAUCAGUCACCAACACAAUCAAUGUCUAAUGCGCUUAGGCCCUCAAUGAAAGCUCUGGUGGAUAAGGGGUUGCUGGGACAUUUAGAUAUGGAUGUGAAAGUGGCUGUUGCAUCAUGUUUUAGUGAAAUCACAAGAAUAACAGCUCCCGAGGCUCCAUAUGAUGAUGAUCUAAUGAAAGAGAUAUUUCAGAGUAUUGUUCAAGCCUUUGAAAAUUUGGAUGAUAUGUCAAGCCGUUCAUAUUCCAAGAGAGUUUCGGUUCUUGAAACUGUUGCAAAAGUUCGUUUGUGUGUUGUGAUGUUGGAUCUUGAGUGUGACACUUUGAUUUUAGAAAUGUUCCGUCAUUUCCUGAAGGUGAUAAGGCCAUAUCAUUCUGAGAAAAUUUUUUCUUCAAUGGAAACGAUUAUGACACUUGUGUUAGAGGAGAGUGAAGAUAUUUCCUCAGAGUUAAUUUUAUGCCUUCUGGAUAGUGUAAAAACUGAUAAUCAAAAUAUCUUGCCUGUUGUACGCAGGCUAGGGGAGAAAGUGAUCAGUAAUUGUUCUGGGAAAUUGAAACCUUAUCUUCUAGAAUUUUCCCAAUCUGUUGGCACACCUUUAAACAGAUAUAGUAAAGCUGUAGCCUCUAUAUGCCAAGAACAUUUGGAUGGUGUGGAGCUAAAUGAUGCAAAUGCUUCAGAUGAAAUUAUGGUAGAUGACAGCAAACAGUCCGAAAGAACUGUUUCUGAUGAGUUGGUUCAGGGCUCUGAGAAAAUGGAACAAGAAGUUGGUUGCCCUGAAGAAGUUACUUCUACUGAAAAAUCACCAAAGUCAGUGAUGAGCAAUGGUACUGCUCAGAUGGAUAAUGGUGAAUUAGCAGCAGAACCAUCUUCUCCAAAGCAGAAGCCUGAAAUUUUUCAUCCUGAUGACCAAUCUGAAAAGGCAGCAACAACCAAUAGGGAUGUUUCUGUUAACUUGGUGUCUAUGGCUGUAAAACCGGAUGCUGUUUCAUGUCUUAAAGCCAAAGAAAUUAGAGUCAAGCAAACUAGUUCUGUGGUUAAUUUGAAAGAUAGCCUUGAUCAUUCUUUGAAAGAUGACUCUCUUGGAAAAGAAUCAUCUGGUAAACAUGACUUGGUGUCUCCUUGUGGAACAGAGAGUGGAGCAGUUAAAGAUUCAUUGCCAGCCCAGAGAGAUAUUCCUGAAGCAACUCGGCGUAAACGAGGCAGACCUCCAAAGCUAUCUUCAACAAAGCAUGGAAAUAGUGCAGUAGCCCAGCAAUCUGCUUCUACUUUGCAACAGAAGAGGUCUGAGAUGGGAAAUAAAGCUUUGCGUAAUAAAGAUUCUGACUUGCAGAAGGAAUCAAAUGGUAUUAGUAAUCAAGACAUCUUAGAACCAACAAUUGUUGCGAGAGUCCCAGAGGAAAAAUCUCAAAGUCCAACAAGUAGAAAAGAUUCAACAAGACAGACUGAUCAUGGUGAUUCAUCUCUAAAAUUGGGAACAUCCAAACUUAAACAGCACGAGAAUUUCAAAGCCAAAAAUGAUAUAGCUGGAGAACCAAUUUUGAAGAUUUCUGAAACACCAACUCAAAAUAAAGAACUAGAUGGUAGCCUCGUUGACUCAAGAAUCAGGGUGUGGUGGCCAAUAGAUAAGAAGUUUUAUGAUGGUGUUGUUGAUUCGUAUGAUUUAGCUUCCAAAAAACAUAAGGUUAUCUAUAGUGAUGGAGAUGUAGAGAUAUUAUUGUUGAAGAAAGAACGGUGGGAAUUUGUUAAAGAUGCAAGCAACAUAGAUGUGGAUCAAGCCAAAGACUCUACUAAUCCUGAUGUUUCUUCAGAAGAGCCAAAGAUUAAAAGAGCAAAAUCGAGUUCUAGUUCUAUCACAAAGGAAAUAAAUACAGAGACAUCUACAAAAAGUGGCACAGCAUCUGGCAGUCAUCGUAAAGGUAGACCACGGAAAGCUGGCAUUUCAAAUCUUGAUGAUGGCCCCAGAUCUUCAAGUAAAUCAAACGAGAAGCCAACAAGUAUAUCCAAAAUUUAUAGUUUUAAAUCUAGCAAUAAACUUAGGGGUGAUGUCAAAUCUGAUGGUGACAUCUCUACGGCGGACAAGUCUAGUUCUACAACUGGAAGCGAGACGGAGGAUAAUUCUCUCAAGUCGAGUAGAAAAUCCAUGGUUGGCCCUCCUAUAUCUGCUGUCAGCAAGUCAAAGGAUAAUGGUGUUGCUGGCAGUAAGGUGAGAAAGGACGCUUCAAAAAGUAAGUUGAAUGAAGACAGUCCAUUGACAAGCCAGAAAUUGAAGGGCACCAUCACUCCGAAAGCUGGCAAUGAAUCAACGAUGAAUACUGAUUCUGAGCGGCGGAAAAUGAAGUUACGAGAAUCUGAAACAUCAGCAAAGUUGCUUCUAAAUGCAACUCCCAAGGCACCAGAUGGUGAAUCUUUGGCUGGGAAGAGGCGCAAGAGAAAGGGCCAGACCUGAGUCUCCAUAUAAUAGGUUAUUCACUUGCUUCUCGGUUAACUACAUCCUCUUUCCUUUUGUCGAUACUGUCACAUUGGUGUAUCUUUCCAGGAUCAUAGUAUUUUACCAUUUGCCUACCGAAAAGUCAUGGGACUGGCAACGAGAAGUCAAAGGUGAGUCUAGGAACUCAUAAAAGGGCUUGUACUGUUUGCCCGUACAUUAAUUACCAUAAUAGGGAAGGAAAUGCAAGCUCUUGGAGGCUGAUUUCAGCAGGUUGUAGGAUAGAUAGGAUUUGGUCUAUUUAAAUAGCUCUUUUGACAACAUUAGCUUCUGAAGAUUCUAGCUUGACCACUGUAAAACCAGACAUGGCAUCAUACUAGUUCAUGACAACCAUUUUGUGGAGUC